AUGACGUAUCAAGUUCCGAUUUUGACUCCAACGAAUUAUCCGAUAUGGGAGCUCAAAGUCAAGUCGAUUAUGGAUGCACACGACAUAUGGGAGACGGUCGUACCAAAGGCGUUAGGUGAAGCAUCGAAUCAAAAGAAGUCAAAACAAGCUCUUUCUUUUUUGUUUCAAGCGAUACCCGAAGACAUGGUGUUGCAAAUGGCGAGUUACACCGAGCCAAAGAAAGUGUGGGAUGGGCUAAAAACACGAUAUUUGGGAGUGGAUCGGGUGAGAACGACUCGGCUUGCAACGUUAAAGAGAGAGCUUGAAAGUUUGUGCAUGAAGGAGGGUGAAACGGUUGAUGAUUUUGUGACGAAAUUAUCCGGCUUAGCUUCAAAAGCAAUGAGUCUUGGUUACGAGCUUGAAAAAGUUGAUUUUGUAAAAAGGUUACUAGAUUCAAUGCCUAAGUUGUUUCUUCAAAUCGCGGCUUCAAUAGAGCAAUGUUUCAAGUUAGAUUCUAUGUUAUUCGAUGAAGCGGUUGGUAGAUUGAAGGCAUACGAGGAGCGUAUAAGAGGAACCGAGAAAAUGGAGGACACUCAGGGUGGGUUAUUGUUGGAUAGUGAGGAAAAAUCACAUGUUUGUAAGCAUUGUGACAAUGGACGUUUAAAUCAGGAUGACUUUGGAUGUGACCGGGGAAGAGGUCGGGGGUUCGGGAGAAGUCAAGAUGGUAAUAAACGUGUUUGGGAUAAAAGUCACCUAGAUGUUACAAAUGUGAGUGUUGGAAUCGGUCAUGUUCAUCGCCGAUUUCCUACCACUGUUCCAACCACCUUCCUCUUCACUGGAAAACCAGCUUUCUUGAACUACUUCAAAGCAAAAUCAACUUUUGUUAAACACCUGAUUCUAGAAUCGGAUUGGAAGGGAUUUGGCUUGGUCUCGAUUAAGAAAGAUAGAUCAACUUUCCUCAUGGCGCCAACAAGAAAGUCUAGAAGUGUAAAUAAGCGGUAUUCCGACUAUGUAGAGGUCUCUCCCAGUAAAAAUGUUGCCAAUAAAUCCGGACGGCAGAAGAGGAAGCUUUCUGACAUGUUAGGGUCCCCAUGGACCGAUGAAGAGGUUGAGCGCUUUUAUAAAGCCUAUAGGAAAUAUGGAAAAGACUGGAAGAAGGUGGCUGCAAUGGUGCGCACCAGAAACUCUGAAAUGGUUGAAGCCCUUUACACAAUGAAUAGGGCAUAUUUAUCCUUGCCAGAGGGAACAGCUUCUGUGGUUGGGUUCAUUGCAAUGGUAUCUGAUCAUUAUAAUGCCAUGGAAGGAAGUGAUAAUGAUCAAGAAAGCCACGAUAUUCCAAAACCAAUUCACAAGCCUAAAAAACGUAGCCAUGGAUUGCUUCAACAAAAUGGUGGUGAAGAACAAUUACAUUCCAGAUUAGUUGUUGGCUCAAGUGGUAGGAGUUUGCCACAACUGAAGAGAAGGGAAUCUGAUGGAUGCACUGUUAGAAAAAGGACACCCCGUUUCCCUAUAAAUCAUGCAUCUAGAAGAGACAACAACAACAUUGGAAAUUAUCCCUCACCUUACAAAAGAAGUCAAAGGAGAGAGGUUGAUGAUGUGGCACAUGGUGCUGCAUUGGCACUAACUGAAGCUUCACAAAGAGGAGGCUCUCCACAUGUUUCUCAAUCCCCAUACCACAUGAAGUCCACUCCAUUGAAAGGCAGACAAAAAAUUUUGGAUACAGUGAGAACAAAGCGUCAUGGUAAUUUGAUUGAUGAAGAAUUAUUUGAGGGUAGUUCUGGAAGUGGAGGAGCUGAAAAUGAAGGGUACCAGAAAGGGAGAAAGUUUUAUGGGCAAAAAGACGAUAAUGACCUUGAUGAUGGUGGGGAAGCGUGUAGUGGCACAGGAGAAGGACUUGCUGUUGGUGUGGGUGGGAAAUUUGAUGAAAAUAUUGAACACUCAUCACAGGGUAAAAGAAAAAAGAACAAGAAACUUCUCUUCAGAGAUGAAACUUCUGCAUUGGAUGCACUACAAACAUUGGCUGACUUGUCAUUGAUGAUACAAUCAUCAAAAGGCGAUGAUUCACCUGUAUUAAAAGAGGAUAAGCCAGCAACGGGUACAAAUGACAACAACGCCCCUGGAAGACCUGGUUCUACAAGCAACCGGAGACACAAAACUAAAGUGUCAGUUGAGAAAGAGAAAGUAGCAAAUGAGUUCCCUAGAGGUGAAUCUUCUAAAUCAGGAAAGUCAAAACCAGGAAGGGAAGUAAAAGUUGAUUACAAGGCUUUAUCUGAAGGAAAACAGAAAAGAAAAAACAAGUCCACAUCUUUUGAAGUUUUCAUUGAUGAAGAAAAACCUACAGAUAAACUCUUACAUUCCAAUUCCAAUGCCAAUGCCAAUGCCAAUGUCAAUGCUCCUUUGAAAAAUAGUAAAUCCACAAGACUUGUGGAGUAUUCUUCUUCAAAUAGCAACACUUCAAGAACAGGUGCUGACUCAGCAGUAUCAACAGCAGUGGUUCCAGCUUCUGAUGGAGUGGAAUUGCCAUCCAAAAGACGAAAGAAACGUAAAAUGGAUCGAAAUAUAAUAUCAAAAACUGGAGAAAUGAAGUUGAAUACAAAGUCUGAAACCCUAGAAGGAGCAAACAACUUGAAGGAAAAGGCUUUUCAUUGCCUCUCAUCUUCUAUGGUGCGUAGAUGGUGUACUUAUGAGUGGUUCUAUAGUGCAAUUGACUAUCCAUGGUUUGCUAAAAGAGAAUUCGUGGAGUAUUUAAACCAUGUUGGAUUAGGGCAUAUUCCAAGAUUAACCAAUGUUGAAUGGGGUGUUAUAAGAAGUUCAUUGGGGAAGCCUAGAAGGUUCUCGGAAAAUUUCCUGCGUGAAGAAAGAGGAAAACUUUGGCAAUAUCGGGAAUCAGUACGUGAGCAUUACACGGAGCUUCGAAGUGGGGCCCGGGAAGGACUACCAACUGACCUGGCAAGACCUUUGGUUCAGUUUGAUCGACCUGAGUUAGGUGUUGCUUUUGUCAAGGAUGUUGAUUGUAUGCCUUUGAAUCUGUUGGAUAACAUGCCCGAAGCUCUGAGGAGAGAGAUGAGUGCACUUUAUAGAUUUUCUAUGAUUUCUGGAGAGCCAAGGUUGCCACAUCAUCAUUUGGUGCAUACUUCGAGUGAGCAUUUCGAACCGGGUCCUACUAUUGCUUUGAUGAAUCAUCGACUGGGACAAAAUGGGUCUGGUCCACCUCUUAAAGCUGCAGACAAUGUUGUUAUCUCCCAGCAUCAGCAUGCAGCAGCCUCUCAAAUUCAGGCAAGAGAAACCGAUAUACAUGCACUUUCUGAGCUUACUCGUGCUCUUGAUAAAAAGGAAGCAAUAUUGAAGGAGCUUAAGCUUGUUAAUGACAGCUUGUCAAGUCACAAAAACGAGACAGGUGUCGCCAUGAACGUAUCCGAAAACUUCAAAAAGGAAUACGCAAUGGUCCUAUUACAGCUCAAAGAAGCCAGCGAUCAGGUUGCUUCCGCUCUCGCAAAUUUGAGGCGACGCAACACAUACCCAGGAAUCCCGACGCCUACGUGGCAAAAACCUAAUCCCAAUUCUGGACCUGUUGUGGACCCCACGACUUCUAAUCAUGACAACAACUUUCCUUCGAAUAAUCAAUUGGCACCUAAUGUGAUUGAAAUUUUGAAAAGUUCAAGAAACGAAGCACAUAAACUUGUACAUACUGCUUUGCAGGGAAUGUCUAAAAUAAAGGAGGAGCAUAAUAAUAAUGUUAGGUCAAGUGUGGUAGCGGUUUUGGAUUGUCUUGGUGUGGGAAAAAACCCGAGUGAACAUGCGUCAUCAUCAUCAUCUAUCAGAUCUUCAGAGCAAUCGAAUGGGAACAUAUAUAAUAAUAAGCGUGUAACGAAUGAAAUUGAAGCGAAAAUCCCGUUUGAUCUUAUCGUGUCUUGUGUUGCUACGUAUCACAUGAUACAGAGUUGUACAGAGAGACAAUACCCACCAGGGGAUGUGGUGCAGAUGCUGGAUUCAGCUUUUAGAAAUUUGCAUCCACAAAGCCCUCAAAACCUUGGGAUAUUUAGAGAGAUUGAAAUGUGCAUGGGAAGAGUUAAAACGCAGAUCCUUGCUCUCGUUCCUUCUUAGCCAACCCAAUCCAAUUUUGGACUUGUGUAUCUGGUUAUCAAUUUGCUAUUAUUAUUAAAUAUUAUAAAAUAUUAUUACUACACCCAUUCUGUUUCUCUAGCUAAUAAUUACUUCUUGUUUAUACAGAAGAAGCCAAGUUCUGGAUAUAUGUGUUAACAACUUGCGCUUUAAUUUAGCUACACUUGCUAAAUUUCUAAUCAACAAUGUAGCAAAUCAUAUAUCUUUGUUUUCUUGCCUUUUUAUUUUAUUUUAUAGAUUGAAAAAUCAACAUACAAACAAAAUACCUUGAAGGAAACAGUCUAUAGUUCCAUAACUGCCACUAUAUUUAAUACUUUGGUUCUGGUUCUCUUUUUCUUGCUGCAGUUGACCAUUAAUAU